AUAUUAAUGGCAAAUAUAUUUUUAAUAUUUUAUUUAUCAAUAAUUAUGUUUUUAUUUGGUUGUAUAGUAUUUGUUUCUAAUCGAAAGCAUUUAUUAUCAACUUUAUUAAGACUUGAAUAUAUAGUAUUAAGUUUAUUUAUUUUUUUAUUUUUUUAUUUAAAUUUUAUAAAUUAUGAAACUUAUUUUAGUAUAUUUUUUUUAACUUUUUGUGUAUGUGAAGGGGUUUUAGGUUUAUCAAUUUUGGUUUCUAUAAUUCGUACUCAUGGUAAUGAUUAUUUUCAAAGUUUUUCUAUUUUACAAUGUUAA